AUGUGCCGGCCAGCGCUCGCCCGGCUGCUGCUCCUCCAGCUGCUGCUGCUGAAGCUGCACCUCGGCAAAGGCGCCGUCAAGGAGUGCGAGAAGGACCAGUUCCAGUGCCGGAACGAACGGUGCAUUCCCGCCGUCUGGAAAUGCGACGAGGACGACGACUGCUCGGAUAAUAGCGACGAGGCGGAUUGCCCAAAGAAGACUUGUGCAGAGUCAGAUUUCACUUGUGACAACGGCCACUGCAUCCCAGCCAGGUGGAAGUGUGAUGGUGAAGAAGAAUGUGCUGAUGGCUCAGAUGAAUCAGAAGCAGCAUGCACCAAGCAAGUAUGUCCAGCUGAAAAAAUCAGCUGUGGGGACUUAAGCAACAAGUGUAUCCCAUCAUCCUGGAGAUGUGAUGGGCAGAAGGAUUGUGAAAGUGGUGUUGAUGAGGCUGGUUGCACUCCAGCCUGCUCUCCCAACGAGUUCCAGUGCAGCAACAAGUCCUGCAUCUCCACCAUCUUCGUCUGCAAUGGCGAUGACGACUGCGGGGACGGCAGCGACGAGAGAAAGUGCUCCCCUCUGACCUGCAACCCCAACGAGUUCCAGUGCAACAACAGCAUCUGCAUCCCCGAGCUGUGGGUGUGCGACAGCCAGCCCGACUGUGAGGACCAGUCGGACGAGGCUGCCGAGCGCUGCGGCUACGCCGGCAGGGCCUUCAACGCCUGCGCCGCACACGAGUUCCAGUGCGCCAACGGAGAGUGCGUCCACCUCAACUGGAAGUGUGACGGCGACGAGGACUGCAAGGACAAGUCUGAUGAGCAGGACUGCCCUCUGGUGACCUGCCCGCCCGAUGAAUUCCAGUGUGGUGAUGGGACCUGCAUCCACGGAGCAAAGCAGUGUGACAAAGUGCAUGACUGUCCUGACAAGAGCGAUGAGGCAGGCUGUGUGCAAGAGUCCGCGUGUGAGAGUCCCGGCAAGUUUCAGUGUAAGAGUGGCGAAUGCAUUGACGGAGGCAGAGUGUGCGAUUCGCAGAGAGACUGCAGGGACUGGUCUGACGAGCCUCUGAAAGAAUGUGGUAUCAAUGAGUGCUCCAUGAACAACGGUGGCUGCUCCCACAUAUGCAAAGACCUGAAGAUUGGGUACGAGUGCCAGUGCCCAUCCGGCUACAAGCUUCUGGAUAAAAAAACCUGCGGAGACAUAGACGAAUGUGAGAAUCCAGACGCUUGCAGCCAGAUCUGCGUUAACUACAAAGGGGACUACAAAUGCGAGUGCUACGAGGGCUACGAGAUGGACACCCUGUCCAAGAACUGCAAGGCUGUAGGCAAGAGCCCAUACCUGAUCUUCACCAAUCGCCACGAGGUGCGCAAGAUAGACCUGGUGAAACGUGACUACUCCCGCAUCAUCCCCAUGCUGAAGAACGUGGUGGCGCUGGACGUGGAGGUCUCAACCAACAGGAUCUACUGGUGUGACUUGUUCUACCGGAAGAUCUACAGUGCCUACAUCGACAAGGCGAGCGACACGGCUGAGCAGGUGACACUGAUAGACAGCCAGCUGAACUCCCCUGAGGGACUGGCAAUAGACUGGGUUCAUAAGAACAUCUACUGGACUGACUCUGGAAACAAGACCAUCUCAGUGGCCACUGCAGAUGGAAGCAGGAGGAGGACACUUUUCAACAGCGACCUCAGUGAGCCAAGAGCCAUUGCUGUUGAUCCCACACAGAGGUUCAUGUACUGGUCUGACUGGGGGCACAAGGCCAAGAUUGAGAAGGCUGGCCUGAACGGCGCGGGGCGGCAGGAGCUGGUGACCGACAACAUCGAGUGGCCAAACGGCAUCACACUGGAUUUGCUGAAUCAACGUCUCUACUGGGUAGACUCCAAGCUGCAUUCCCUGUCCUGCAUUGACGUCAAUGGCAGCAACAGGAAAGUCCUCAUCUCUUCUGUGGACGACCUGAGCCACCCCUUCGGCCUAGCAGUGUUUGAGGACAGAGUGUUCUGGACUGACCUGGAGAACGAAGCAAUCUUCAGUGCAAACAGGCUGAAUGGUUUGGACAUCUCCAUUUUGGCAGAAAAUCUCAACAACCCUCACGACAUCGUAGUGUUCCAUGAGCUAAAGCAGCCCAAAGCUCCAGAUUCCUGUGAGCUCAGCCCCCAGCCCAAUGGAGGCUGUGAGUACUUGUGUCUUCCUGCACCCCAGAUCUCUCCCCACUCUCCCAAGUACACCUGUGCCUGUCCUGACAACAUGUGGCUGGGUCCUGACAUGAAGAAAUGCUACAAAGAUCUUCCAACCACAUCCCCUCCUGUCCUGGUUCCUACAACUGCAGCACCACACAGCACCGGUACCACGACCAUCGCAACUGUCCUUGGCAGUGCCAGUAACACCACCCCCACCAUCCCCAGAGCUGUGUCAGAAGCUACCAUCACCACCCCAGGCUUUCAUUUACCAUCCACGACAUCCAUCCUGAUAGACUCUGAGAUGACCACCGGAAACACCAAUUUAUCCCAGCACUAUGCAAAUAAUGACCAAGGCUUUGAUUCAACUGUGACAGCAGCUGUGAUUGGAAUUGUCAUCCCUGUGGUGGUCAUUGGCUUGCUGUGCAUGGGGGGAUACCUCAUCUGGAGGAACUGGAAACGGAAGAAUACCAAAAGCAUGAAUUUUGACAAUCCAGUGUACAGGAAGACAACAGAGGAGGAAGAUGAAGAUGAAAUCCACAUCGGGCGGACUGCCCAGAUCGGACAUGUCUACCCAGCACGUGUGGCAUUAAGCUUAGAAGACGACGGUUUGCCGUGA